UGUGCGACAUCUUUGGCCCUUUUGCAGCAUGCGCAAGUUAUGCUAAGUCAGCUGCCGGCCGAUGGCAAGGCCGAGGUCUCGGAGUAGGACGAGGGCACGGAAGAGACGAAAGAAAGACGAGGAGGUCCCCUCGCAUGGGGAGCUCCGAGAUUCCCAGCGGCCGCAUUUCAGGUGGAAGACUGGCCAGGUACUGGGGGGAAGGUACCGGGUCAAGGGCCACUUGGGGGACGGCACCUUUGGCCGCGUGCUGGCCGCCAAGGACCGGGAGACGGGCGUGCGGGUGGCGGUAAAGGUCAUCAAGGCGGCUGAGCACUUGCGAGAGCUCGCUGAGGAGGAGGCCCAGGUCUUGCGGGAGAUCGAGGCGUUGGCCCCAGCAAAGCUUCUGGGAAGGAGCGCCUUGAGAGUUCGGCUGUUGGAUAGCUUUCUGGAGCAAGAGAACCACUUUUGCAUGGUUUUCGAAGAGCUUGGUGUGAGCUUGCGAGACUUCUUGAAAAGGAACGGCCGGGGCGUGUUCCUGGCGGAUGCACAGGAGAUGGCGAGGCAGCUCCUGCAGGGUCUGGCGGAGUUGCACCACAUAGGCUUUAUCCACACCGACCUGAAGUGCCGCAACGUAAUGCUUCGCCACGGUGGGCACUACGUGGCUCCACACCCCCGGGAGACGGGCGAGAGCAUGCGGCCACACGACUGCAGCAUUUGCCUCAUCGACUUCGGGGGCUGUGUGCACCGGGACGGGGCCUGCGGCACCGCGGGCACGCGGCAGUUCCGGAGCCCAGAGCUGGUCCUAGGGCUGCCUUGGGACGAGAAGGUGGACGUCUGGGCUGCAGGCUGCAUCAUCUACAUGCUGUACUUUGGACGGCGCGCCUUCAGCGUGCACGAGAACAUGGAGCACCUUGCCAUGAUGGAGAGGCUCACCGAGAGUCGGCUGCCGUUGUGGAUGGUGCAGAAGGCGUUGGCUCCGGAGGAUGAGGAGGAAGAGGCCGCCUUGGAUCUCGAGGCUCUUCAGCAGCGCCUGGGCAGUCCUCCGGCGACGUUGCGGCUGCCUGAGGCUGCCGCCACCCGAGCCGAGGCGGUGCGCCCACUAUCCCAGCAGGUGCUACUGCGGCACGGGAGCUUCCUGCAGCUUCUGCAAGGGCUGCUGGCGCUGGACCCCACUGGCCGCGUGGCGGCCGCAAAGGCGCUAAGCGCGCCCUUUUUGGUGCAGCAGGUAUGCGGGAUAACGGGAGCGGCCAGCAUCCAGGACAGCGAGGAGGAGUCCAUCGACGAGCCUGAAGAAUUCAUCCCUCCUCCCCCAUCCAUGGCCCUGGUGGUGCGACAGCAGCGGCAGAGCAUUUCUGCCGAAGCGUAUGGGGAAUGGCCCGGACCUCGGAACAAGCAGUCACAGCUGCCCAGAGGCCGGGCCUUGGACAUUCGCACUUUUUUGGGAGCGCAGUUGCCAGCAUUGGCCUCGGGCGACUUCGUGGUGUAUAAGUGCGGUGACAAGUACAUCCUUUUGUGA